CUUGGCUCUCUCCUCCAAUUCAACAUAUAUAUAUAGUAAUCGUUUCCCUUUAUAAUUCCUACUUUGCCACUAAAUUAGGGUUUUUCAAGCCGGCCUCGUCGACGUCCAGGCGCCAUGGUGAACGUUCCCAAGACAAAGAAGACUUAUUGCAAGAGCAAGGAGUGCAGGAAGCACACUUUGCACAAGGUUACACAAUAUAAGAAGGGAAAGGAUAGUCUUGCUGCUCAGGGAAAGCGUCGGUACGAUCGCAAGCAAUCAGGAUAUGGAGGUCAGACCAAGCCUGUGUUUCACAAGAAGGCAAAAACUACCAAGAAGAUUGUGUUGAGGCUACAAUGCCAAGGGUGCAAACACGUAUCCCAGCACCCCAUCAAGAGAUGCAAGCACUUCGAAAUUGGUGGAGACAAGAAGGGAAAGGGAACUUCUCUUUUUUAGACCCUUUUAUCAGUUUAUCUUUUGUCAUUUCUUUUUCACAAGAUUAUUUGUACGAGUUCCUGCAGAAUUACUGUGUUGUUCAGCUAUUAGUUCUACAUGUCUUAAUGAUACUAUUUAGCUGAAACUUUCUUAUCUUAAUUAUUGAAUUCCAAAAUUUUGACUCUUUUUUUGA